GUAUUUGGCCUUUGGCAGCUACUCGCUACAUGUCCGUCUCGCUGCCAGGCCCCAUCUUUAGCAAAACUCACGCAAGUUUCACACAUGCUAAUAUUUUGAGGAAGAGAAACCUACAGACAAAGAGAUCGAUGUAAAGCUGCUUGCUGCCAGCUGCACUAAGGAAGGUAUCUAAAACCUGCUGGAUUUGGAUUAAACAUUGCUGUUUCCUUCAGGGUUGGAGGCCAUUUGAGUUGCAGUAUGACUCAUGCCUUUCAUGUUAUGUGGUGCUACCUCUGUUAGCAAGUUAAGAGCUCUGAUGGAGAAAAGAGCAGGUGAUGUAUCAUCCGAUGUAGAGUCAAGCCUUUUUCAACGUGUUCAUGCCAUGCUCAGGGAACUGGAGACGCAUGCUCAAGGUGUCUCAGCCUGCAAUAAAGGGAUGCUAAGAUGGACCCUGCAUAAAAAGGUGGAGAAUAAUCCCUGUACUAGCAUCUCUCUGCUAAGGGUCCUUGUUAAGGAGCUCGAAAAGGCAGAGAGGACUGAUUGCAAAAUUCGCAUCAUUCCUUUAUUGCACACUCUAGCCUAUGCAGUAAUACAGUGUGCUUACAUUCCAGACGAGCUGUGUGAAAGGAUAUACGUGUGCCUAAAACGCCUGAUUACACUACCGGAACCUUACUGCAGCGUCGGCCUUAAUUAUGUGAAACACAUAAAAAUAGAACAAAAUAUCCCAGGUGCUCUGUAUCUAAGGAGAGUCAUUGCAGAGCACAGCCUAAAGAAUGAACAUUAUCCCAUUCAUGAGAGAGUGUUUGUGUUUGUGGAUCCAGACGUGUUUCCAGAACCAUUGUUAAGUGCAAUAAGAGCUGAUAUGGAGUGUGGGGCUUUGGACUGGGACACACUGACCCCUCAGCGCCGGGUGCUACUGCACACACUACAAGCUGGAUUGGGAAGAGAGUGCCAUGGGAAACAACUUACGCAAGCGCUAGAGGACUUAGGUGAAGACUUGGAAAAAUACUUCCAGGAUGUUGUGGCCACUGUUGAGGAGAGAAUGAUGGAUGGUGGUUCAGAAUGUGACCAGUACAAAGCAAGAUUACAGCAACUCUAUGAUGAAAUCCUUUGCUCUGCUAACAUAGAACAAUCAUGUCCUGCCAGUCUGGUUGGAAUUCCACUACCUAGUCCUGAGGUUAGCUUCCAUGUCUGGACGAAAGAAGAUGAAAUAUGGAACGAGAUGAUAAACUUUGCUCUGAUGCUGAAUUCUAGUAAUCGGAACUCUGCAUAUCUCGAAGAAGAUGAAGAUGCCAAACGUGCGUCCGUCAUCUCCACCAUAUCCAGAGACAGUGGCAUAGAGGGAGAUUUGCCUUUAAAUGAGUUCUCCUUUUUGAUGGUUGAGCCCUCUGGUGUGCCGGAGGUCCAGGAACAGCAGAAGAGUUUACCAUUUUCCAGAAGGCCAUGUGUGAGAUGGCCAAAGGCUGGGAACAGAAUGACUUUAAUGAUGGAGGUCAUUAAGGAAAGUGGCGGAACAGGAGGAAGUGGAACCUCUAUUCUUAAAGAUGAGAAGAACUUUACCGCUCGUGUUGUGGUCAUGGGUGAUGACAGCACUCUGGGUAGGCUGGCCAAGGCUUAUCACAGUAUACGAAAAAAGGAGAUGCGUAACUCAUUUGUGACGAAGAGGGUGAGCUUGGAAAUAUACUACAUUCCUGUCACUAGCCAGUCCAGUACUUCUCCAGUCCAGGAAAAUGUUCCAGCAGAUGUUAACAUGCUUUCACUUGCAACAUCCUUGGGCAGUGUGGAUCCAUGGUAUGACUCCAACAUUAACAGUCUAGGAGCCAUGAUCCUGAAACUAGCUCAAACGCAUGCCAGUGACAUUGGCUCUUCAGAGCCCAACUCCUUUCUUUUGGACAUCAUUUCCUAUUACACACGCACAGCACAGCUGCCUGUCCACAUCCCCAUUUACUCUGUUAAGAUUUCCUUCAGUGGUUUGGAAUCUAAAGCUGUGGAGGAGGUGUUUGUCUGUCAGCUUGACAUGGACUUUCCAGGGUUCAAGCCUCUGCGAGUUACAUUUAAAGACACAAUCAGGGGAUCAGUACGGUAUAAGAAAACCUUGCAAGAAGAGUGUGGUGUGGUUGUGGCUGUCAAUUACAGGAAGGCCUCCAUAAGCAAUCGAGAAGUGGACAGAGGAAUGUCUUUAGUAAUGUGCGGCGCGUCGAUCAGUUCAGCUCCGUUCAGUGCAACUAAAAGUCUUGAAAGCCUCAGUGUAGAUUUUCAAGAUCCAAAUCCUACCAGAGCUCCAAUGGCUACCCUUAGAGUCACCAACAUUAGCAUCAGAGCUCUGGAGAAGAAAUCAUUUACUAUAUGUCUGGACAAAGACUCGUGCAGGACCUUCAAAAACGUCCAGAGCAUAGAGGUGUCUCCGUGUACAGAUCCUGGAUACACUCUUCAAGGCAGCAAGUCUAAACACAGCCUGGAUGAAGACUCAGGACUGGGCAAAUUUCUGAGCAAGACUUUUUGUUUACCAAUCAACACCUUCUCUGGAGCUGCUCAAUGACAAUGAUGUAGCAGUCAUGCACACUCUUGCUACUGAUCAAGACCUCUGCGGGCUGAAAUCACAUACCUCCGUACAUGUGUCUGUGUCUAUGAAUGUAGCAUCUCAGCCAGUACAGAUACAGUAUUGCACAAAAACAGUUUCUUGUUAUUGCUAUUCUGUGUCUGAUUUUGUGUUGUCUUGUGGAUUUUUGAUAUGGUCCCAAUAUGGUAUUUAGUCAACCACUUUUAAAAAAUACUUCUUUCAUAUUUUAAUUUACUAAUAAUUUCUGUAAUAAAAAAAUAAAUCUUAAUAUUUUAGGUUAAUGAGAUCAGGUCUUGAAGGUGAAGUUUUACUCCUCUUCUACUCUCCUUUAUCUAAUUCAAUUAAAUAAGAAGGUAGACAGAAAACAAGCACCAUAUGCAUAAAAUCACUAAAUAAAAAAAACUAAAAUUUUAUAUAAAACUAAAUAUUGCAGGUAUUUGUCUGUGGGGCAUUGGUGGCUUAGUAGUAGGUUUCUCGUCUGCCUAUGAAAAGGCCCAGGUUCGAUUUCCAGCCAAUGCCCCAGCCGCAGCCAUUGGAUGCAGUGCCAUCCCAAACCUGGAUAAAAUGGAAGGGUUGCGUCAGGAAGGGCAUCUACAGUAGCGUGAAAACCUGUCCCAAGACAAAAAACAUUACAGAUUAUUUGGCUAUAACUAAAACUCACCAAUGGCCACUUACAUACAAAUUUAAUUUAUUGUUUAAUCAUAAUAGGUAGUAUGAUGUUAUGUUAAUUCCUUAAUACAUGUAGAAAUAUUUAUUUUUUACAAUAUCUAAAGCUUACACUCUGCUGCCAUUCUGUUGUUCUGUAAGACGAAUAUUUUUACAGAAAAAACAAACAAACCACAAAACAGCUUCGGUGUGACUUGGUGUACAUUUACAGUUGCAUGUCUCCUUGCUGACACUGUACUGAAGGUAUGUUCACUAUUUUUUGCAAAAGGUAUCCCUUCAGAUUUGAUGAUGGUGAAGGAUGGUGCUACCAAACACAUGGCUCCAGAAUCUAUUAUAGCUACUUAAAUGAGUUCAGAACUGGUGAUUGUGAGAAGGCCAGAAUAUGCACGUACAGUAUCUGGAUGUCGUUCUAGCUUUUUCACGAAAUAAGGAUAUUGUCACUGUCAAAAUGUCUAUUUUACACAUCAUAUCUCUGUGCACCUGUAUGUCUUGCACAUCUGUUUCAAAAUAUUUAUGAUCUUCACAACUGAUUCAAGACGUGUUAAGUUCUCUCUUUGAUAAUAACUUAAAAUUAGUCCAAUAAAUGCAGUUGUUAAUUGUGCCUGGCAUAUGCAAAUCUUGAUUUAUUUUCAUUUGAACCAUAUUGAUGUCAUGAUCUAAAUAUGCGAGCUUAACAGCUGAAACACACACACACACGCACACAUUUUUGUGUGCACACAUUAUAUAUACUACUUCU